UUCAUUCCGGUCAGCAAUUCGUCGAUUCUUCCGGCUUCGUUUCUCAUCUCCGAUGGUGCAGACGUGUGAGAGGGAAAUGGCGCGCACCUUGACAUCCCACUGUUCCAAGCUUGGCAAGGCUUUCUAUCCGCUUCUUUGUAUUAAGGCGUGGCAGUCCAGUUGCUUUGCAUUUAGGACAGCGAAAAUUGGGCAUUUAGGGUUAUUUUAGGUAAUCGGAAUUGGAAUUUGGGCAGCUUUGUUGGAGCCUCAUGCUUAAGCAUUUUCUGUGGUGUUUGGGAUACCAUCCUCUUUGCACCAGUUUUGGGCCUCUUAGGUGUGUGGGGUGUGAUGAUUCAUCUGCUGCGACCAUGGAUGAGCAUUGUGGCACACAGAUGCCUGUGGCAUUGGAGACGAGGAUUAUAGGCCAAUGGUGGAGAAUGGAUUUGCAAACCUUGAGACUCUUGUGCUGAGUAUGAACUUCUCUCCUGCUAGAGGCAUCCUUUCUCCGCAGAUAAGGACUGACUCACAUCUUGAAAGUCAUUACUUGACAGAGCUACUGGUAGAGAGGCAGAAUCUGGAACCUUUAAUACAAUUAUUUCCAAACUGUGGCAGACUCUUGGAUUAUGAGAUAUUUUGCGUCUCUGGGAGGCUCACAGGCCAUGGUUUUACUGGCAUUGGCACACCACACUUUGGUGCUCCAAGUCCAUUGAUUUUUCCAAAUAUGAUGGCAGGAAGCAGUAACUGGAGUGGAAAUGGCUGGAACAACCUUCAACCUGAGGGAUUAGGUGUGUUGCCGGGUACUAUUGUGGACUGGCAAUCAGCAGCCAGAAGUUCGACCUCAUCAGCAGAGAAGAAAAUACUGAGGAUCGAUGUCCCUGUCGCUCUAUAUCCAAGUUUCAAUUUCGUUGGGAGACUCCUUGGUCCUCGUGGAAAUUCCCUGAAAAGAAUUGAAGCUGCUACUGGUUGUCGUCUUAUUAUAAGGGGAAAAGGGUCAAUAAGAGACCGUGAGAAGGAGGAGAGGCUGAGGGGAAAACCCGGCCACGAACACCUGAACGAGCCACUGCACAUUAUAAUUGAGGCAUCCUCGCCCCCAAACAUCGUUGAUGCACAGUUGAGGCAUGCCAGGGACAUCAUACAAGAGAUACUCAAACCUGUGGAUGCAUCAGAAGAUAUGUACAAGCGAGAGCAGUUCAGAGAGCUAGCCAUGAUUAAAAGCACCGGAAAACAGUCCCCACCAAUCGAGGAUGCAUGACUGAAUCACCAACAAGGUGCAAGAACCUAUAUGCGCGAAUGCUAGUUCAUUUAGUUUCUUACAAUCUAUCGAAUUCCAUAAUGAUGGUAAUUAUCCUAUGUUAGUUGGUCGGCUUAAGCGCCGGCUAAGAGACGUUAGACUUGUCUGUAUUGUGUUUGGCUCUGUUUUAGACUUAUAAACCCAAGUAGGGAGAUGUAUUUGGCUCUGUUUUAGACU